GUACGCUGACGACAUCGUCAUACUAGCUGAUGAUAUUGAAGUAUUUCGAAAAAUGAUAUGGAAUUUAGAAAACUAUUGUAGUAGAUGGAAUAUGGUGGUAAAUUUGCAAAAAUCCAAGAUAAUGGUGUUUCGAAAUGGAGGACGGUUAUCUUCAAGGGAGAGAUGGAAAUACCUCAAUGAAGAAAUUGAAGUGGUGAACGAAUACUGCUACCUUGGAGUCCUUCUAACUCCAAAAAUGAGUUUUACUAAGCAUGCAGAACAAAGAAACAAACGAGCGAAGAUUUGUAUAAACGCAGCUUGGGAAAAUCUGAUCAAUAACUCAAAUGUAUCCCUUAUAUCGAAAUGGAAAAUUUUCCAGAGUGUGUGCAAAACCACACAGUCAUAUGCAGCCCAGGUGUGGGGGUACAACUGGUUUGAAGAAGUAGAUGAACUACAAAGACUCCCGCAUAAGCUUUCUAUAAAAAUAUGGAACAAACAAAUUUUCUGGGCCUUGGCACUGAAAUCUUGGUCCGAAAGCACUAACGUUCCAAUUGAAAAUCUAUUCAGAACAGCGCAAGAUUGGUCUACAACCACAACUAUACUUGUAAAUAAUCUCAAAAGGAAAAGCUAUACAGAGAAAAUAGAUAGAGCAAGAGCAAGUGAAAGCAGAUUUUAUCGUUUUUUGAAUCCAGAAAUCGGGAUUGAAUACAUGCAAGAUGUUUGGAAACUGGACAAAAUUGCUAUUAUAAUGAAAACAAGGGCAGAUGUACUUCCACUGAAUGGAAACGUUUUUAGAAACGCAGCGAGACACCAAUGUACAUUGUGUAACUUGAGAGAAGUCGAAAACUUGCAACAUUUCAUAGCCAGAUGUCCAGUAUUACAAGAAUUUAGGGUACGGCAUUUUGGAACUGCCUAUCUAGAUGAUGUACAGCUAAUACAAAUUUUAAAUGGAACUUUUUAUUGUGGGUGGGAUGGAUUAUAUAAUUAUGUUAGCAAUGCUUUGAGAUAUCGGAACUACAUAAAUCGAGAACAAUUUUGAAAAAAAAAAAAAAAAAAAAAAAAAAAAAAAAAAAAAAAAAAAAAAAAAAAAGAAUAUGUAAAUUUUUUCCUUAACUUUACACUUUAUAAAAUUUUACGUUAACUUUAUGGCUUAUAAAAUGUAUAUAUCUAAACGUAAUGUUACGCAAACAUACUAAAUUUAGCUAUUUAACAGCACAAAUUAAAACAAAUAUGGUAUUGACAGACAACUAUUUAAAGUUAUUGUCAUUAACUAAUUACAUUUACAUUUUGUUAUCUUAAUCAAACAGUAUAUAGAAAUUUGAAUUGU